AUGCAGCCUUCCAUUCAUGAUGAACAUUCAACCGCUCCUGCGUCACCACCAUCUCAAGCAUCUCCUCCUUGUGACUUUGCAUCUCCUUCACUCACCUCAUCCACUCCUGACACCUCUCCAUUACCAGGAAAAUUUCGCAGCGUUCAAGAGCUUCAAAGGCUUACUCACGGUCCCUCUCCUCACCCAUUACCAAAAGGAUUAACCGCUUCUCUUGCAAACUCACUUUCCGUUGAGCCCACAAGCUAUACACAAGCUGCCAAACAUCCUCAUUGGCAAUCUGCCAUGCACGAAGAAUAUGAUGCUCUUCUUCGUAAUAAUACUUGGUCUCUUGUUCCUGUCGUUCCUUCUAUGAACAUUGUGGGAUGCAAGUGGGUUUUCAAGGUCAAACGCAAAGCAGAUGGCUCCAUUGAGCGUCACAAGGCAAGAUUAGUUGCAAAAGGGUUUAAUCAACAAGAGGGUUUAGACUAUGAUGAGACUUUCAGUCCAGUAGUAAAACCAGCCACUAUCCGUACUAUUUUGGCCUUGGCUAUUUCCCACAAAUGGCCACUUCAACAAUUGGAUGUUCGCAAUGCGUUCCUCAAUGGCCUCCUUCAAGAAGACGUGUACAUGAAACAACCUCCUGGGUUCUCAGAUCCUCUUCGACCACAGUAUGUGUGCAAGCUCCAUAAAGCUCUAUAUGGGCUUAAGCAAGCUCCUCGUGCUUGGUUCCAGCGGCUGACCUCUUUCUUACUUAAGCAACACUUCUUCCACAGUCAUUCAGAUGCAUCCUUAUUUAUUCAUCAUGGCUCACAUACUUCUAUUUAUGUUCUUAUUUAUGUUGAUGACAUCAUUGUCACGGGUCAUAGCUCCGCUGAGAUUUCAUCAUUCAUUGAUCUUCUAUGUUCCAAGUUUGAUAGUCGCAAAAUGGGUGAUCUUAGCUUCUUCCUUGGAAUGGAGAUUCUUCGCACACCUAAAACCAUCUCCUUGUCUCAAACUCGUUAUGCACUUGACUUGUUGAAGAAGUUCAACAUGGAGUUAUGCAAGCCCUGUCCAACUCCAUUGUCUUCCUCAACCCGGCUCUCAUCCCUUGAUGGUGACCCCUUGCUUGAUCCUGCUCCCUAUCGCAGUAUGGUUGGUGGUCUACAGUAUCUCACGUUAUCUCGCCCUGAUAUUGCCUUUGCCGUCAAUCAAGUGUGCCAAUUCAUGCAUGCUCCUUGCACCACUCAUCUUCAAAGUGUUUAA